AUGUACAAAAUUGCCGGAAAUCACCUUAAUUAUAUUACCAUGACAACUUAUAAAUUACAUUAUUUUAAUGGUCGUGGACGAGCAGAAGUAAUACGUUUAAUCUUCGCACAAGCUGGUCAGAAAUACGAAGAUAUUCGUAUUGAACGUGCCAACUGGGAUAGUAUCAAAAAUGAUACGCCAUUGGGACAAGUACCCUAUAUAGAAGUCGAUGGAGAAAGAAUUCCGCAAUCAAUGGCAAUUGUUCGUUUUCUUGCCAAACAAUUCAAUUUAGCUGGUAAAGACAAUUUGGAACAAGCCAAAGUUGAUAGUGUUGCUGAUACAAUCAGUGAUUUAAGUGAAACAUAUUCAAAACUGCUAUAUCGCGAAAAAGAUCCAACUAAAAAAGCAGAAGGUUUAAAAACGUUUUUCAAAGAGGACGCACCAAAAGUUUUGGCCAAUUUAGGGACUUUAGCCUAA